CUAGUGCAAUACAUUCAGAAUUUUCAAGUUCAGUUCAUUGUUUAUACUUAUUUCAUAUUGAUCUCAAUUUAAAAAAGAAUCUUCGAAAUAAGCUUAAUUCAGAUGAAUUUUGGGAGUUUUGUAAGAACUUUUUUAAAUGUAGAAAUACUAUGGUUGAAGAUUUAUUUGAAAGUCAUUGGGAAGCUUUGAAGUUAAAGUAUACUUCAGCAAGUAGUUAUAUAAAGCAUCAAUUAGAUCCAACCAAGACAAAGUGGGCUGUGUGCAAUAUCAAUAACCAAUUUACUACAGAUGCGAAUAGUACACAGCAUGUAGAAAGCCUGAAUCAUAAAAUUCAUAGCUGUGUGGGAUCCAAUUUGUCAUUUUUGGAAUUAGUUAAAGAAAUUCAAGAUGUACUUGAUAAGGAAUCGAAUUAUAUAAGAAUAGAAGAAUAUGAAAGUGAAAUUCCUAAAGUUGGGCUUGCAACUGUGCCUAAAACAUAUUUUAAUUCAAUUGAAACAAUUAUUUCACAAUACCUUAUGCCAACAAUGGUUUUUAAGGAACAAGUAAAUAUGAAUUAUGAUAAAGAAAUGCGUGAAAACAACUAUGAGCUUAUGAAAGUUCAUUUGGUUAAUAUAGUUGAAAAAGUUGGAUAUGAACAAAUCGUUGAAAUUUGGAAAUUAUAUAAAGAUAAUAUUAUCAAAGAAAAUCCAAAUAAAGUUUGGGAACAAUCUCCUAUCUUAUUAUACAUUGCUAAUAUUCAAAAUCAAGAUACUAUAAAUAAUUUUAGAUAUUUGAAAGAUAUUCUCAAUUCAGAUGUUUAUACACCAGUAUUGCAAAAAUUUAAUAGUACUCACCAAAAAUAUGGCCGUGUACAAGGCAUAAUGCAAAAAGUUCCUGAUUUAGUAAUUUUUACUAAUUCAUAUGAUGAAUUAAUAG